GUGAUGAGGUGCCUGGGAGCCAGCCCCACGCCAGGGGAGGUGCAGAGACACCUGCAGCUGCACAGGAUCGACCGGAGCGCAGAGCUGGACUUCUCCACCUUCCUGAACAUCAUGUACCGGCAGCUGAAGCAGGAGGAGCCCGAGAGGGAGAUCCUGCGGGCGCUGGCCAUGCUGGACAGGGAGAGGAGGGGAGUCAUCCCCGAGCCCGAGCUGCGCGCCAAGCUCACCCUGCUGGGGGAGAAACUGUCCGAGGAGGAAGUGGAUGAUCUGCUGAAGGAAGCCAAGGUUGGGCCGAAUGGAACCAUCAAAUACGAGGAAUUUGUGCACCUCAUCUGCCUCCCUUCGGUGGAUUACUGAAACCCAGAGUGGGAUUUGCUCACAGCACCUGCAGGGUUUUUAUUUCUAUUUUUCCCACCUUCUGGUCAGACUCAGGAACCAUCAGCUGCCUUUCAAAACCUGAUUUUGCCUUCAUUUAGUGCUGGCACUUCCGUGGGUUCCCCCCUGAUUCCUGGGGAAACGAUUUGUGAGCUGUUAUUGAAAUAAACUGAGUGUAACAACCCAUGUCGAGAUUCAAAAAGUAUUUUUAAAAGCAUUUAAAUCUUGGGGCUGCGGCAGAAGGAACUCGGGGUCAACAUCUCCUGGUUCUCCAAGAAGCCAGAACGACCCAGCUGGGUCUCCACAAGGGAAAAAUGGGGGAAAGAAAAAACCUUCCCAGGGAAAUUCACCUUCU